AUGAGUUCGAAAGAUUAUGACUGUGCUGUUGUCGUUAAGAAAGGACGUUGGAGCAAGAUGGACGACCAACGAUUACGAGAUUUGGUGCAUAAGGAACCCGAUGUAACGAGACCUAAAUGGGUGAGGAUUGCAAAAGCAUUCAAAUUUCGGAGUGGAAAGCAGUGUCGUGAACGUUGGGAAAAUCACCUAAAAAGAGGGAUAAAGAAACGCAAGUUCGGGCACGAGGAGUCCGAAUUUAUUCUUCGGGAAGUAGAAAAGGUUUACCCUGAAACACCAAAAUGGGCCAAUAUCGCAAAGCAGUUGAAGUCCGCGACUCCAUUGAUGGUCCGGAACCAUGUAAACAAUUUCUUGAAAAGAGUAGAAACGCAUGGUUCUACGAGAAGGAGAGGACCUGUUGCUGGAG